UCUCUUCAUGGCACCUUUUCUACGUAUGGCCCCUUGAAGCUCGCGCAGUGUCUCAAGAUGGAGCCCAGUAAACGCAAAGGCAAAGCCCGAGCGGCUCAGCCAUCUGAGACGGACUCAUUGCUCGGCUCGUCUUACCAGGCGGACUCACCAGUCGAGUAUUCGCCACGCACACCGACAGCUGCUAGACUCCCCCGACAAACCUGUUCUUUUCUUCUGACAGCUGGACUUGUCAUUUUCUCCUUCAUUUUCACAGCGAUGCUGUUUGUCCUUCUCCUUGGAUACUCGUUUAAACCUUCGGAAUCUGAAAUGGCCACACUACCGAACACUGCAUUCGUGUACAGUCAUCCGGAUAGCGUACAGGUGCUCAAUAUCACUGAUCAUGGAGUCUGCGUGAAUGUCACUGUGCGCAUGGGAAUAGAUGCAGAUUUGGCUCUGGGGACCAAGCGAUAUGAUGGAGAUUCUGAUGGCGAUCCGACAAGCAGAGGAGAUCGAGGACAAGGUGUCGGAUGGUGGGAAUGGAUCCGACGAUGGACAGCCAGACAAGCCCUCGCCCAGUUGCCUCAACAGGCCAUCAAUGUGGUAUUUCCUCACCAUAUCGCUGUCCAUCGUGUAGAGCACAGCUCAGCAGCACCGUUACUAUCUGUUCGUGUCAAUCAAUCGAUACCGGUCCCACUGGUCCUGGACGCGGACGAUUCCAAAGAUUGGCUGAAACCAGUCAGCUUCUUGGCAUUUGUUGAACCGACUUUUCAAGGCUCAGACAUGCUGCAUUACCUACAGUCUUGGUGGAUGCAAGGACAAGUCAACGUCUUGGUAUCUGUGCAGUCCGUUGCUGUCAGUCUUCCAGAAGGAGUGUGGUGGUCAAAAUAUGGUCAAUUGGAGAAACAGGAUCUAAGCCUAAACGUGAAGAUGGACAUCCCCCAUUUGAAUGGACUGCCUCGACCAGGUCAUCAAUUGAACUUGUCGGAGCUGGUGCACCUCGACUCGUAUCACCUUCAGACAAUUGGCACAUCAGCACUCGGUAUCAAUGCAUCAGCAACUCUGCCAAAUCCGUUCGCCGAGUACGAUCUCGGUCUGGAUAUUCCGUUCGCUCUACCUUUUCUCAUUUCGCUAUCUGACGGAUCGGCGAUGGCCCGGGUGACCACCUCUCCCUUACGGCUAGACUCGGCCAAGGCGCUCCAUCUCUCACUCGAGGGCGAGAUAAUAGCGAAUCUCAUGCAUCGCAACACCUCCUCGCUCUCUACCUUUCUCCAGCGAUUCCUGCAUGGACAAGAUAAUCCAAUCAUCGUAUCGGGGCUCAAGGUCCCAGCGGCCAAUCCUCCCCCUCAAUGGAUUCUCGAAGUGCUGCCCGAUGUUGCCGUUUCACUCACCUUUCCCGGACCGCAGCCGCCUCCCAAAGUCAUCAAAAGCGUCUCAAUCGAACACAUGCGGAUCUCGGAACGUGCAGGACAGUUCCUCGCUUCUGGUACCGUCGUCGCGAGAGUCGAAUUGCCCGAAACGAUGCAGAAGAUCCAAUUGGAUGUCAAGGGCGUCGCGCCCGAUGUGUUGGUCUACAAUGGUCCGGCAGGCGAUGAGGAUGCUGAUCCAGACGAACCUCCUCCAAAUGCGUUUGGAAGGAUCAAUCCUGAAGAUUUCUUAAAUUCCACAACUGCGCCAUCCGACGACCCUCUCCACCCGUACGCUAUCAUCGUCACUGCGCCCAUGACCAAUGUGCCAUUACAAGUUUUGGAAGGUCGGGAUGGGGUGUUUCGCAACUUUGCAAGCAAAGUGGUGUUCAAGGGUGGGGCGGAAGCCGGCAUAAAAGGCAUGGCCAGCGUCAAGGUUGAUCUGAAGGGUGUGCCGGGAAGGGCCACGCUAGAGGAUCUGCCAGUCACAGGCGAGACGUGGGUCGGAAGGCAGCGGUUGAGUUCCGCAGAGGACCACUGAGAGGCCAAGGGCAAGGGAAGCAAGUUACAUUUG